AAACACCCACUUUUGAAUAGGGAUAUGCCCAUGCAUGUCUUGGUGGGAAUCACAGGAGGGAUCACAAUUUGUCUGUUUAGCCAUCGAAAGCUAAUUCUGCCUCAACAAACCAUAGUUAUCUUCCAGUUAUCUUUUCCUUGUUGAAAUUCCACAUCAAAAUGAGCUGAAAGGGAGCAUUGCCACUACCUAAUAUUGUCCAUCCACUUUGAAUUCAGUUUAUCUGUUUGUGUCACAGGGAGGCUAGAGCUGAGCUCCAAAACCCUAUCUGCGCCUUUGCCUUUAAGAGUAAAUAGGAAUGUAUUUGGUAAUUCUACUUAAUUUUAUUUCCACAAAGGUUGCUCCAGAUCAACAAGUAAGUAAAGUCCAUCAUCCCCCCCAAAUAUCACUGGGAUUCAAGUGUCAACGACCUUCUGCAAGGAACCAUGACUCCAAAAGCAAGGUCGUAUGUGCUUCUAAUCAUCAGUGAAUUGUUUUUACCCUUGUCAAUUUCAGUCAUUUAAUAGGGUUGUAUAUAUGAUCUUUUUUAUUGUGUUAUGAGUCAUGUCAUGUUUCAAGAUCAAGCUAGGGAGUAAUCUGUCUUUUUUUUAAUUAAAUAAUUGUUUGUAGGAAAAUUCAAGAGAAUGUAAGGACAAAAGCUAGUAUUAGUAGGAAGAUUCUUCCGACAGUGAAGACAUCUUUGACAGGUAUGUGUUAUCUAUCAACGUGUCUUGCAUUUUAUUGGCAGUUUCUUCAUUUCAGUUGUCCUGACACAGCACAGAAAUUCUCCAAAGUAUUUUAGUAUCCAUCCAUUAUCUGAACCACUUAUCCUCACGAGGGUCACAGGCACAUUGGAGCCCAUUCCAGUUGACUUCGGAUCACAGGCAAAGAGAUGUUAUUGGCUUUGAUGGUUUUUCUUCCCUGCCCACUGACAUAACAUGCACAGGAAAAACUCUUACAUGCCAAGAUGUAAAACGGAGGAAUCGCUAUGGUGAAACUUUGCUCCAUGAAGCUGUACUUAAGGGAGAUACUCAGCUGCUCAAAGACAUCCUGAAGCUUAGAGUAGAUGUCAACAUGGUUGACCAUACAGGACGAACAGCCCUACAUGAAGCUGCUCUUCGUAAUCAGUAUGAGGCUUGUUUUUGUCUGAUUAACGCUGGCGCUCUGGUCAACAUUGCAACAAGAAUGAAGAAUACACCUUUGCAUGAAGCCAUCACAUUUGGCAAUAAAAAGAUAGUGGAGCUGCUUCUGAAACAUGGCGCACAUUCACUAUCAAAAACAAAGGAGGAACAAACCGCAUUUGGCAUUCGUGAAAAACCCCAGGUGCAAGUGGCUAAAACAAAACCUAAAGUCAACCUGCUUCUUGACAGUGUAGCAGAAAUACCAAGUAAGAAACCAACAACGGCAAACAACACCGAGAUGUGGGCACAGACAUUAGUGGUGAUGUGCAACUUGAUAAUGGAGAAGAUGCCCAAAAUGGAGGAUAUUGUCAACCAAAUCACAGCAAGACUGCAGAUCCCCAAAAAACCCAGAAGAAAACAUUGCCUACUGCAAGCCAGGUGUUUAUGGCACAUGCCGAUACCAGCUUGUUUCAGGGUUUUCCAGUAGACGAGGACAGUAACAGUGACCAAACUGUUGACUACCUGGGUGAGAGUUCUGAUGAAUCAGUGGACUGGGGCAUUAAAGCCACACAAGAAUUUGCCCUAUCGUCAAGCAUUGAGGAAGAUGCUGAUUCCAAUGUUUUCCCCAUUGAAAUGUUUUAAAACAGAGCCAUUCUAUACUGGUUUGCAAACAUUUCUGUUAGGAAGUUGGCCUUGUUGUAAUGUAAUUAUUUCAUAAUAAUAACAAAUCUAAACACCUACUUUAUAA